AUGAUUUUAAACUUUUAAAAGUAUUAAUAUUUUUAUUAAUUUACUUAAAAACAACCUAAUGAAUUAAAAUAAAAAUAUAUUAUUUUAACCUCUAUAUAUAAAUAAAAAUAGGUAAUUGGAAAAGGUUCAUUUGGGAAAGUUUUUUUAGUAGAAUUAAUUUAAGAAUAAAAAAUAUAUGCAAUGAAAGUAAUAAAGAAAAAAACAAUAUAAAGCGAUAGACAUUUGCGGCAUAUAAUUACUGAGAGAUAAAUAUUAGAAUAAAUAGAUAAUUAAUUUAUAGUAAAAUUAAGAUAUGCAUUUUAAUCUGAUACUAAACUAUAUCUAGUUGUAGAUUUUAUGAACGGUGGAGAAUUAUUCUACCAUUUAUAAAAAUUAGGAAGUUUUUCAGAAAUAACAACUAAAUUUUACGCGGCUUAAAUAGUCUUAGGAUUAUAAUAUUUACAUGAUAAAAAUAUCAUCUAUAGGGAUUUAAAAUCUUAAAAUGUUCUAUUAGAUUAAAAUGCAAAUGCUAAAUUAAUUGAUUUCGGACUUUCUAAAAUAGAUGUUAUAGGGCACUCUUUAUGUGGUACACCUGAGUAUUUGGCUCCUGGAAUUGUUCUAAGUGAACAUGGGCAUGUUAAAACUGUUGAUUGGUGGAGUUUUGGUAUUUUACUUUAUGAAAUGUUAACUGGAUCUCCACCUUUUUAUUCUAAUGAUAAAAAAUAAAUGUUUAAUAAAUUAACUUCAAUGGAAAUAUAGUUUCCACCCCAUAUUUCUAAAGAUGCAUAAAAUUUAAUUUCUAGAUUAUUAGUUGCUGAGCCUACUGAAAGAUUAGGAUAUGGAAAUGAUGGUACAACAAAUGUAAUGUAACAUCCAUUUUUUAAAGAAAUAAACUGGAAUAUGCUAAAUAAUAUGAAAAUUAAAAGCCCAUUAAAUUUAAAUAUUUAAAAAGCAAAUGAUAUAAGAUUUUUCGAUAAUGAAUAUUUGUUAUAAAAGCCUAUAGAUUCACCUUCUUCUUUUCUAACAUAAUAAUUAGAAUUUUAAGAUUUUUCAUAUAAUAAAAAGUAACUUUAUAUUCUAUAUUUUAUUGAGCUUUUUAAUUAAAAAAUAAGUCUAUUUAAUAAGGAAAAUGUUGAAAAUGAUUAAGUUGAACCAUUUAGUUUUACUUAAGGACUUAAGGCAGAUGAAAAUCUAUUUAUUUUAUAAAAAUAAAUAAAAUGA